AUGUACAGCUUAUAUAACCGACAUCAAAGCUGGGAUACACAGACAUACAUUAAUUACUUAUUCGCCGUUCAACAGCACCUAUUGUCUAACGUCAAACGACGUGCUCGACAACAAACGUUCCGUUCGGUCCCCGCCACUCAAAUACAUCUUCAAGUAUCAGGAGUUCGCAGUUCACAGCCGACACCCAACACAGGUUGUGAAACCUUUGUGGAACACCAUGCAGUAAGCUGUCAAAGGUCACAAACAGAAAGCAGACAACCCAGUCUGACACGUUCUAUUGGCCGUACUGAGCAGAUAAAGCAGACUAUUACAAAGCGAAACGCACGGAACAGGUUCCGAGAAAGUUCAAACUCUUUCAAUCGUCAUGAUGGCAAUCCGCAUGGUCGUGAAUAUUCAGAAACUGCCAGCCUCGCGCAUUCUGGCAUGCAAAAGUACAAAUUUCCCAAAUAUCGAAUGUACUUCUCACCUAGCUGCGAUAGAUCAACUACAUCAAGCGGGAACUCUGAUAAUCGGUAUCGUGAAGCUUCAACCACAGCACAUCAUCAUCAGAUAAGAAAAUCACAGUUGAUGGCGGCUGUCGAGAGGGUAUCACGUUAUCGUGAACGUAUGCAUCAUUAUGCUACAUGUGGUGGUCCGAUACAAAUGGAGGUUGUCUAUAAUUUGAACGAUGAAAAUCCGAAAACGAGUUCCCCUACCUACAUUUAUUUCGGUGCAUCAAGUAACCGAAGAGAGAUUCUAAGGUUACGACGAUUGGGCCUGCAAGUGUGA